AUGAAGUCGCCCGCGAUGGAUGGUAGCGUGUACGGAUUCGGCGCCCCGAAACCAGUUUCGCUGCCGAUCAGCCCUAGCGCAAGCAGCAUUGUGCGCAAAGGGUUUAUCAGCGUGAAGGAGGACGGCCUGCGGAGCUGGAUAUGGAGCAAAAAAUGGGUCAUUUUGCGCGACACAACGCUGCUCUUCCACAAGAACGAGUCUUCCUACCAGGCCUCCGCGAUCGUCCUGCUCAAGGAUGUCACGGACAUCAGCCGCACGGAUCUUAAACCGUACUGCAUUGAGAUCGAGACAAAAGACAAGACAUAUUUCUUACAGCUCAAGAGCGACGAGGAGCUGUACGGCUGGAUGGACGACAUUUACAACCGCACCCCGCUCGGAGCGAGCUCUCCCACCAAUUUUGUCCAUCAGGUGCACGUCGGAUUCGACCCCGUCAGCGGCUCCUUUACCGGCCUGCCCGAGCAAUGGACGCACUUGCUGACCAAAUCGGCGAUUACCAAAGAGGACUAUGUAAAGAACCCCCAAGCGGUGCUGGAUGUGCUCGAGUUUUACACCGAUAUCCAAAAGGGACACCGCGACGAGUUUGGACUGGGGAGCCCCACGAUGAACAUCCACCCCGGCAGUUCUGGCCGCACGGCAAUGAACAGCUUAAAGCUCCAGUCGCCCCCCUUCCCCACAGGCGCUGUGCCGCGCCCCCAAGCUCCACCACGCGCCGAUGGAUUCGAAAACUUGGAAAUGCGUCGUGCUGCUCCCGCUCCGCCGCGGGCACAGAUGUUUACGAAGCAGGCCUUGCCUGCGCUGCCAUCCGAUGUGCCUCUUCCGACCCCGUCCAUGCCACAGCACCUUGCCGAUACCAGCGCACAGGACACGGAUACGAGCACAAUGUCGUUCAUGACCAAGAACAUGCGCCUUUCUAACAAUUCUCUGCAGCAGCAGAUCCAAGAGCGUGAGGAGCAUCGCGAAAGGCAGCGGAUCAUGCAGCAGCAACAGCAGCAGCAGCAGCAGCAGCAGCGGAUUGCCGCUGCCUCCAAGGAACGCCAGCGGAUCGUAGAAGUGCCGCUGAAAAUGUCUCCCAGCACACCCAUCUCUUCCACGCUUGGACUUGCGCCUUCCCAAACUAGCUCGGUUAAGAUUGGGUCGCCGAGCAUGCCUUCCCACGCGCCUGGGCCGCCCAAGACAGCGAGCAUAGCGUCCAGUGUGCAGCCUAAACAGCGCGUGGCUCCUUCGACACCCACACACACCUUGACGAGGCCCAUGCAUGUGCCGCUGCCGGACGCGACGCCGAAAGCAAAGCAGGCCCAGGAUGUCCCGCUGCGGCGCCCCACACUGCCGCAGCAGCCCUCGCCGCCCAAGCCAGCCAUCAAGAAAGGCAAGGCCGAUGCGGAGCGGCGGAUUAGCACGAUGAGCGAGACAGAGAUUAUGGAGAAGUUGCGCAGUGUCGUGAGCGUCGAUGACCCCAAUAUGUUGUACAGCAAAGUGAAAAAGAUUGGCCAGGGAGCGUCAGGGAGCGUGUACGUGGCCAAGGCACUCGCCUCGAACCAGCGCGUGGCCAUCAAGGCGAUGGAUUUGGCGCACCAGCCACGAAAAGAGCUUAUUAUCAACGAGAUUUUGGUCAUGAAAGAGUCGCAGCACCCCAACAUUGUCAACUUCCUCGACUCCUUCCUUCUGCGCAACAGUGACUUGUGGGUCGUGAUGGAGUUUAUGGAAGGCGGUGCUCUCACCGAUGUGAUUGACAACAACACGCUGGAGGAGGCGCACAUUGCUGCCAUCUGUCUCGAAACGUGCAAAGGCUUGGAGCACCUGCACAACCACAGUAUCAUCCACCGCGACAUCAAGAGCGACAAUAUCCUGCUGAACAAUUUGGGACAAGUGAAAAUCACCGACUUUGGGUUCUGCGCCAAGCUGACGGACCAAAAGAGCAAGCGCGCAACCAUGGUCGGCACCCCCUAUUGGAUGGCGCCGGAAGUGGUAAAACAGAAAGAAUACGGCGCCAAGGUGGAUAUUUGGUCGCUGGGCAUCAUGGCGAUUGAGAUGAUCGAGAACGAACCCCCUUAUUUGGACGAGGAGCCGCUAAAGGCAUUGUAUAUGAUUGCGACGAACGGAACACCCACGCUCAAGAAACCCGAGAAUCUCUCGCGCGAACUGAAAGGGUUUCUUGCCGUGUGUCUCUGUGCUGACGUGAAGAGCCGCGCCACUGCCGACGAGCUCCUCCAGCACGAGUUUUUGCGGAAGGCGUGCCCUAUCAUGGAACUCCCGCGCCUGCUGCAUUUCCGCAGGGAUAAGUAG